AUGGUGUCCGUGAGUGCGGGCAAAGACGAGACGUGGCAGCUGGAGCCUGACUGCCCCACCUGUCCCCGAGUCACUGCUGAGCCAGCUGCCCACGGCCUGCGAGAGGAGCCCGAGUUUGUGACCGCAAGAGCCGGUGAGGCCGUGGUCCUGCGAUGCGACGUGAUUCAUCCGGUGACGGGACAGCCCCCGCCCUAUGUUGUGGAGUGGUUCAAGUUUGGGGUACCCAUCCCUAUCUUCAUCAAGUUUGGCUACUAUCCACCCCAUGUGGACCCUGAGUAUGCAGGCCGGGCAAGUCUUCAUGAUAAAGCAUCCCUGCGGCUGGAGCAGGUUCGCUCUGAGGAUCAGGGCUGGUACGAGUGCAAAGUGCUCAUGCUGGACCAGCAGUAUGACACCUUUCACAAUGGCAGCUGGGUCCAUCUUACCAUCAACGCUCCUCCCACCUUUACAGAAACACCCCCCCAGUACAUCGAGGCCAAGGAGGGUGGCAGUGUUACCAUGACCUGCACAGCUUUUGGGAACCCCAAGCCCAUUGUCACCUGGCUCAAGGAGGGGACACUCCUAGGUGCUAGUGGGAAAUACCAGGUGAGUGAUGGCAGCCUGACGGUGACAUCGGUCAGUAGGGAGGACAGAGGUGCCUACACCUGUCGUGCAUACAGCAUCCAGGGAGAGGCUGUCCAUACCACUCACCUGCUUGUCCAAGGGCCUCCCUUCAUAGUUUCCCCUCCUGAGAACAUCACUGUCAACAUAUCCCAGGACGCUCUGCUCACCUGCCGGGCAGAGGCGUAUCCCGGCAACCUCACCUACACCUGGUAUUGGCAGGAUGAGAACGUCUACUUCCAGAACGACCUGAAGUUGAGAGUGCGGAUCUUGAUUGAUGGGACCCUGAUCAUCUUCCGGGUGAAGCCAGAGGAUGCGGGGAAGUACACCUGCGUCCCGAGCAACAGCCUGGGGCGCUCCCCCUCUGCCUCAGCCUACUUAACUGUGCAGUACCCAGCCCGUGUCCUCAACAUGCCCCCUGUCAUCUACGUGCCCGUGGGAAUUCACGGCUAUAUCCGAUGCCCUGUGGAUGCAGAGCCACCGGCCACCGUGGUCAAAUGGAACAAGGAUGGCCGCCCCCUGCAGGUCGAGAAGAACCUGGGUUGGACCUUGAUGGAGGAUGGCUCCAUUCGGAUUGAGGAGGCCACAGAGGAGGCUCUUGGCACUUACACCUGUGUGCCUUACAACACCUUGGGGACCAUGGGCCAGUCUGCUCCCGCACGGCUUGUCCUGAAGGACCCCCCGUAUUUUACGGUGCUACCAGGCUGGGAAUAUAGGCAGGAGGCCGGCCGGGAGCUGCUCAUUCCCUGCGCUGCUGCAGGGGACCCUUUCCCUGUCAUCACGUGGAAAAAGGUAGGGAAGCCCAGCAGAAGCAAGCACAAUGCCCUGCCCAGUGGGAGUCUCCAGUUUCGAGCCCUGAGUAAGGACGACCACGGGGAGUGGGAGUGCAUCGCCACCAACGUGGUCACCAGCAUCACUGCCAGUACCCACCUGACCGUCAUCGGCACCAGCCCCCAUGCCCCGGGCAGUGUCCGGGUCCAGGUCUCCAUGACAACUGCCAACGUGUCCUGGGAGCCAGGCUAUGAUGGAGGAUUCGAGCAGACAUUCUCAGUUUGGAUGAAGCGGGCACAGUUUGGGCCCCACGACUGGCUGUCUUUGCCAGUGCCACCGGGACCCAGCUGGUUGCUAGUGGACGCCCUGGAGCCUGAGACAGCAUACCAGUUCAGCGUCCUGGCCCAGAACAAGCUGGGAACGAGCGCCUUCAGUGAGGUGGUCACUGUGAACACUUUAGCAUUCCCUAUCACAACUCCAGAACCCCUGGUGCUGGUUACCCCACCAAGGUGCCUCACAGCCAACCGGACCCAGCAGGGUGUGCUCCUGUCUUGGCUCCCCCCUGCCAAUCACAGCUUUCCCAUUGACCGCUACAUCAUGGAAUACCGUGUCGGGGAACACUGGGAGAUCUUAGAUAGUGCCAUCCCAGGCACUGAUGGAGAAUUCUUUGCCAAGGAUCUGUCACAGGACACCUGGUACGAAUUCCGGGUUCUGGCCGUCAUGCAGGAUCUGAUCAGCGAGCCCAGCAACAUCGCCGGCGUCUCCAGCACAGACAUCUUCCCACAGCCGGACCUGACUGAUGACGGGCUAGCUCGGCCUGUGUUGGCUGGAAUCGUAGCUACCAUCUGCUUCCUGGCAGCUGCCGUCCUGUUCAGCACCCUGGCCGCCUGCUUUGUCAACAAGCAGCGCAAGCGUAAGCUCAAGCGCAAAAAAGAUCCUCCACUCUCCAUCACUCACUGCAGAAAGAGCCUAGAGUCUCCCUUGUCAUCUGGCAAGGUGAGCCCCGAGAGCAUCCGCACGCUCCGGGCUCCUUCGGAGUCCUCCGAUGACCAAGGCCAGCCAGCGGCCAAGAGGAUGCUGAGUCCCACCCGGGAGAAGGAGCUGUCGUUGUACAAGAAGACCAAGAGGGCCAUCAGUAGCAAGAAGUACAGCGUGGCCAAGGCUGAGGCGGAGGCCGAGGCCACGACACCCAUUGAGCUCAUCAGCAGAGGCCCUGACGGCCGCUUCGUGAUGGAUCCCUCUGAGAUGGAGCCCUCGAUGAAGAGCAGGCGCAUCGAGGGCUUUCCCUUUGCUGAGGAGACGGACAUGUACCCCGAGUUCCGCCAGUCAGACGAGGAGAACGAGGACCCGCUGGUGCCCACAUCUGUGGCUGCCCUGAAGUCCCAGCUGACCCCUCUGUCAUCUAGCCAGGAGUCCUACCUGCCACCACCAGCAUAUAGCCCUCGGUUCCAGCCCCGUGGGCUGGAGGGCCCCGGCGGCCUGGAAGGUCGGCUCCAGGCCACGGGCCAGGCCAGACCUCCCGCCCCCCGGCCCUUCCACCAGGGCCAGUAUUAUGGGUACCUCAGCAGCAGCAGCCCUGGGGAGGUGGAGCCGCCACCCUUCUACAUGCCAGAAGUGGGCAGCCCCUUGAGCUCGGUCAUGUCCUCCCCACCCCUGCACACUGAGGGGCCUUUCGGCCACCCCACCAUUCCUGAGGAGAACGGAGAGAACGCUUCUAACAGCACGCUGCCCUUGACUCAGACACCCACAGGAGGGCGCUCCCCUGAGCCCUGGGGCCGGCCAGAAUUCCCCUUUGGGGGACUGGAAACCCCGGCCAUGAUGUUUCCCCACCAGCUGCACCCCUGUGAUGUAGCGGAGAGUCUGCAGCCCAAGGCCUGCCUCCCCCGAGGACUGCCCCCCACCUCCCUGCAGGUGCCCGCGGCCUACCCGGGCAUCCUGUCUCUGGAGGCACCAAAGGGUUGGGCAGGCAAGUCGCCGGGCAGAGGCCCCGUCCCAGUGCCCACCUCCGCUAAGUGGCAGGACAGACCUAUGCAACCUCUGGUGAGCCAAGGGCAGCUAAGACAUACCAGCCAAGGUAUGGGCAUACCCGUGUUGCCUUACCCCGAGCCGGCCGAGCCGGGGGGGCACAGCGGCCCCAGCACAUUUGGCCUGGACACCCGGUGGUACGAGCCCCAGCCCCGGCCCCGGCCCAGCCCCCGGCAGGCCAGGCGCGCCGAGCCCAGUUUACAUCAAGUGGUGCUACAGCCCUCCCGGCUCUCGCCUCUGACCCAAAGCCCCCUCAGCUCCCGCACCGGCUCUCCUGAGCUUGCCGCCCGGGCCCGGCCUCGCCCGGGCCUCCUGCAGCAGGCGGAGAUGUCGGAGAUCACCCUGCAGCCACCGGCCGCUGUCAGCUUCUCUCGCAAGUCCACGCCAUCCACGGGCUCCCCUUCCCAGAGCAGCCGCAGCGGGAGCCCCAGCUACCGGCCCACCAUGGGCUUCACCACGCUGGCCACAGGCUACCCCUCCCCUCCGCCGGGCCCUGCAGGGCCUGCGGACAACCUGGAUGUGUUUGGACAGACGCCUUCCCCUCGAAGGAUGGGGGAGGAACUGCUCAGACCAGAGCCCCCCCCACCGCCAUUACCUACUUCAGGAACACAUCCACCUGCACCCGAGAAUGCUGCUGUACCUGAGAGGCUGGAGGCUCUGAAAUACCAACGGAUAAAGAAGCCCAAAAAGUCAUCCAAGGGCUCUUCGAAGUCAAAGAAACGAUCCGACGGUUCUGCCUCCCAGGCUCAGCAGCUUCCAGACUCCCAGGUUCUGUGGCCCGAUGAAGCCGUCUGCCUCCGAAAGAAGAAGAGACAUUCUCGGCCUGACCCCUUUGCCCGCCUCUCAGACCUGUGCCACCGCCAGCUUCCGGAAGACCAGACGGCGAUCCUCAACAGCGUGGAUCACGACGACCCCGGCCACGCCACCUUGCUGUGA